AUGUCUGACGCUAUUACUAUCCGUACCAGAAAGGUUAUCUCCAACCCAUUGUUGGCCAGAAAGCAAUUCGUCGUUGACGUCUUGCACCCAAACAGAGCUAACGUUUCCAAGGAUGAAUUGCGUGAAAAGUUGGCUGAAGCUUACAAGGCUGAAAAGGACGCUGUUUCCGUCUUCGGUUUCAGAACCCAAUACGGUGGUGGUAAAUCCACUGGUUUUGGUUUGGUCUACAACUCUGUUGCUGACGCCAAGAAGUUCGAACCAGCUUACAGAUUAGUCAGAUACGGUUUGGCUGAAAAGGUCGAAAAGGCCUCCAGACAACAAAGAAAACAAAGAAAGAACAGAGGUAAGAAGAUCUUCGGUACUGGUAAGAGUAUUGCCAAGAAGGCCGCUAGACGUAACGCUGAUUAA